AUGGCGACUGCGUGGCCUCCGUCUGGACGAAAUGAACUUGGAAUCGCGACCUUGUCUCUGGGCAAUUGGCGAGAACACCGGCUGCUACCUCGACUCCAAGCGGCAGCCCAAGCAGGAUACAAGUGGAUUGAUCUCUUCGACGAGUGCUGGGCAGCAUACCUGGAAGAGCACCACCUCCCAGGGGACCGGCUAUGGGAGGCCACCCCCGAGAAUCUACAGGUGGCCCGCAAAUUGGGCGAUCUGGUGAAGUCGCUCGGCAUGCGCAUCGCCUGUACGCAACCACUUCGGCAAAUCGAAGGCGUCAAAGACCCAACCGAGCGUCGUGCAUGUCUAGAGCUGGUCGCCAAACGGUUCCCCUUUAUGCGAGCUUUCGAUACCGAUCUGGUAUUCUUGUGCGCCAAUAUCCGCACCGAUCGCGGCGUUACCUCCGAUCUGAAAGCUGUUGCGCGUGACCUCGCAGAGCUCGGCGAUAUGGCCGCAGCGUAUUCCAAGACCGAUGGUGGUCGCAUGCUGAAGAUUGGAUAUGAAGGGUUAUCGUGGGCAACAAGAAAUACCUGGUCAUCGUCAUGGGAGGCUGUGCGAUUUGCGAAUCGCCCGAACGUCGGAUUGAUACUCGACGCGUUCAAUAUUUUGGCUGUCGAAUUUGCAGAUCCGUACAACCCAUCAGGACAUGGAAGGAUCUAUCCAACUUUGCGAGAGUCACUCGAAAUCCUCACGAAUUCUCUUGCGGCACUCGCAGCCACUGUUCCGGGCGACCAAAUCUUCUUUUUCCAGUGCGGUGAUGCUGAACUUGUGAACCCGUCCACCUUUGUACCUCCAUCCGAUCCUUCAAUCCCGGCUCUGUUACCGUGGUCGAGGAAUCACAGACUGUAUCCUCUAGAGCAGUCUCGCGGUGGGUAUAUGCCAGUGGAGCUGGUCGCAGCCGCUGUGCUCGGAACAGGUUACCAAGGGCCGGUGUCACUGGAGGUUUUUAAUGCAUCUCUGAACAAACCGGGUGAUAACAUCCCACCAGAUCAUGCAGUGAGGGGAGUUACUGCAAUGCAAAGUCUCAUAGAGACCGCGAUAUCCUUGCCUCCUUUCUGGCAAAAUAAGGAGUACAUCCAGUCGGCCGUGGCUCGGACUAGUAAACGAUUACAAGCGGUAACCCAUCGACUAUAA